CGCGAUGCCGCCGCCACCGUCUGCCGCCGUCCCGGCCAAAGCUGGCCGCAUACGACGCCGACACUCACCGGCGAAGCUGCGCCUUGGUCUGCUCCACUGGAUCCCCAUCCACGCAUCUUCGUUCCGCCCCCGAGCGCGACGCAGCGUCUAACCCUAGCCGGGGGUUCGGCUCGGUCGCCGUCGCGGUUCCCGCGCCACCGCGCCUCCUGCUGAUCCCCUACGUCGUCUCUUGCUCCUCCUCGACGCCCCGUGCUCCUGCUCCUUCGCCUCUUUUGCGUGCGGCUUGGCCUGACCGUGUGGUGGCGCCGCCCGGUGGCGGUGUUGCUGCCGUUGCCGCUCUCGCCUCCUCUUCGAGGCUAUGCUCCUUCGACCGUUAGUGUAUCUCAACAAGCUCUGCCACCUUUCUCUCCUCUCUCACUGAUUUGUUUCGAAUGGUUUUACAGCCUGCCUAGCAUGUGUUUGUGAAAAUGCUUCUUAGGCAUGGGCAAUUUAGGUCUGUCUCUUUUGUGCCGUUUACUUCUCAUGUUCGUUAGCAGAUAGGCUUGGUGGCGUAUUAUAGUGUAGAAUUAACAUGCGUUGUGCCACUUAUUGAGUUGAUCAAUAAAAAAUUGUGCUCCCCAUCCAUUCUUCAUGUACCCUACGAGUAGGGUUAUCAACCAAUGGAAAAUAGUAUGAUAAUUUGUUCCAGAAGGAAAACCCUACCUGUAGGUGCCUUUUAUAGUCUUCCUAUUCGCCAAAGUUGUGUCUGGUCAAUUCCUCAUGUAACCGUUAACAGAGAUUUCAUUUAGAUUUUACUGAUUUAACAAAAUUCAGUCCCGUUUCUGAUGCCCUCUUCUUGCUAUCAACAAAAGUAGAUCAUCACUCUUGCUAUCAGUAAUUGGUUUCAUUCAUUGACCCAAAUUUAAUGAACCGUAUUGCAGGGACUGCAAUCGAUUUGUCGUCCCCAAUCGUCAUUGAGGGAAAAGCUUGCUGGGAUCUGUACAUCGAUGGACUUGUUGUGUUCUGAUGGUAAUUUACUUGAUGCACUAGCUGUUGUGAUAAAGGUAAUAUGUGGUUUCUAUUGCUUCAGCAGAUGCAUCCCUUGUAAUUUCAAUUUAUAUCUUUUGAUGCAAGUGUUGGUGAUGCCAUAUUAACUUGACCUCAGCAUAUAUUUUGGUUAAGAAGUGUCAUCAAUUUUCUUACAGUCCAUUGUAGUGGUUAUUUAAAUUAAGAAGGUCAUAUUUGCCAUUGCUGAGAAAUACAUAAAAUGAACUAAUGGAAGACCUUUAUACCUCCCCAGUCCUCUUAAAAUAAAAACAAGAAUGAAAAAUUUGUUCAUAUAUCUGCUUCUGUGUUCUGGAUCUUAUGCUAGCUGGCAGAGCUUGUUGAGGUUGUCCCUUAGCUAGGUUGGCUUGUGUAGAAUUAACAUGUGUUGUGCUGCCAUUUACUUACCUUCAUUAUAAUGGUCUUCUAUCUAUGCUUCACACAUGAGCUAUGUUUGCAUCAUAUGAAAUAUGUCUACCCUUUAAUCAUGCAGAAUAUUUCUAGAUUUAAAGCAUGGCUAACCUACCGAUGCAUAUUUGUUGGGAAUGGACAUGUCUGGAUUCUAUUCUUCAAGUGCAUUGAUAGUUGUGUAGUGGUACCUAUAUUUUGACAUGUACCAACCUUGUUUUUCUAAAUCAUGUUUCUGAAGCUUGUGUGAACACUGAGAUGGUGUCUAUAAAAUCUCUGUACCUAUGGAUUAUUUACUUUGCUAUGUACUUUAAUUGUGAGAGAAACCCAAAAAAGGUGCCUUAGUAAUAUUGGUCAUUGCCAAAAAAGAAAAGAGAGAGAAGCUGCAUGGGCAAUAUUGAUUGACUGUAAACUGUAGUGAAGAUUAUAUGUAUAAUUUGUUUGAGACACGGAUAUAUAGUUUGUCCUGAUUUAAUUUAAUCAUUUCACUGUAGAAUGCCAAUUGUGUCUGUCUCAUCACUGGUCAUCAGCAUGUGUUGCUGCAUUUGGAAAACCAAACCUUUCUGUAGUAUGAAUUGUGUACAAAGUGUGCAAUAAUGGUGUUUUUGUUUUAUUGUGCAGAUAGCACUUUUGUUUUCAUCAAGUGAUGUUGUGCAACCUGGCUGGCUGGUGAAGUACCUAAGAUGUAUCGAUACCAAAAUAGUUAUUGAAAUGCAAUCUAAUCUUAUCAAGGCUUUUUGUUUACUUGAAACUUAUCUCACAUUAGGUUUUCUAGGAAGACCCAGUACUUUUGACUAUUUCUUACACAUGAUGCAUUUAUAGUACUCAAGGCAUUUUAUCUAUUGAAGUCGUGCUUAGCCUCUUGCGCCAGACGACCUUACAUGGAGAAUGGUAGUUCCGUCAUUCUUCUAGGCAUGUGCGUGUGGCGUGAUUGUGAGUUCUAGGGCUGAUAUAGUCCCGGUUGCUUACAUUUAAUUGUUUUUGCUUUGUUCUAGAAAAAUAUAUGCUUCAUCAUAAUUCUCUUUUUUUGUUAUUCGAGAUUAUUACACUUUGCAUCCAAGCUCAUACCGAGUAUUUAUUAUUGACAUUGGACUGCUCUUGUGCGAAAUUUUAUUUCAAUUGGUUAUAUCCCAUAGGGGUGCGCCAUUAGAAACCCGAAAAAUCCUUCCAUAUUUUUCUGGCAGAUCAGUGCCAUCCACUUAUAUUUUUCUGAAAUGUCUGUAGUUCCUGAUUGAGUUGAAAUUAUGCCAAGGCAUUCCGUGAGUGUUUUGGUUAUGUUUAACAUAUGAUAUAGAAAAGAGUGAUAGUUUAGUUAUCGCUGUACUCUGUUCCAUUGGACCAUCAUAAUUACGUAUGAUAUAGAAGAAAGUGUGGUAGUGUAGUCCCAAACUUAGUUACAAUUUAAUUUCCUCCACAAUCUGUAGGUAUUACACAAUUUGUAUGGCAAUCAGGAAUGGCAGCGGGGACCGACUACCCGAAACCCGACGGGGUUUUCCUCUAUUAGGGGUCGGGUGUGGUACCUAAUUUGUCCCCAUGUGGACCUUCCCUGCCAAGAUAUGCUCCCCAUCGGGUAGAGCGGGGCGGGGAGUGUUCUAUCAGUCCCCAGCCCCGAACCCCACGGAGCCCCGCCUCGUAUCGAACAAAUCCCAUAAACUUAGCUAACCCUACCAUAAUCUCAGCUAAUCACCUGAUCUGUUGCCAAAUUUUACGUCUAUAUAAUCCAUGCCUCGGUCAAGCCCUCGAUUACACCCCUACCGCCGUCAUUUUCUACCCCAGAUUUUCCCCAUUCUCCUGCGUCGUCAUUGUUUAGUUCCGAGAGAUGGAGUCGUUCACUGCCGACAACCAGCCGCCCCAGGGUGGAGCAGUGGCUGCGGAGGGCUCCGUGUCAGACGUUCGGCAUCCAGGGAGCCAGGCCGGAGCAGAUGCCGCCGCCGACGGAGCAGUCUUCGGAGGCGAGGGUGUCCACGGCUCAGUGUUCCGCCUCCGGCAUCCAGGGAGCGGCCUAAUCCCUGGGCGCAUCCCAGGUGGACGCCCACCACUCCGGCAUCCAGACAGGGUCGUUCCUGCUGCAGCUAACGGAUCUGCUACCGUCCCUGCUAUGCCGAAGAAGAAUGCAACACCAGCUGGGUGUACCAAUUUGGCUACGUCGGUACCUUCGUGUUCACAGUCACAAGCAGUAGAUGAAGUCGAAGAUGGCAUUGUGCCCGUGGACAUUUCUGAUGACGACGAGGGAGAAGAAGAAGAUGUUGAGGUUGAGGCUGUUGGCUCCAAGAGACGGAAGCUUACCUCUGCUGUAUACUUUGUCCACAGUUUUGAUUCCUCCUGUAUAAAGCAGUUUCUACGGCCAAAUGCUGCUGAUUUAUCAGAUUAUUGAUGGUUUAUGGUUCUAGCCCUAGGAGUUGGUUCUUUGCAAAUGAUAGGGCACGAUCAAACUCUAUGUGGUAUACAACGUACUAGAG